AUGCCUGUCAACACCAUCUCUGUGGGCGCGGCUGUGACGCCCACGGUCAUCCAGACAUAUCUCUCGCAUUACCUCAAUCGCCGACCUCUUGCGCAAAAGCCCACGGCGCACAUCUCGUACCACGAAGGCCUCGAGCUCAUCCGCCGCUUUCUCCACUACGCCUCUUUCCACACGGUCGACGAAUUGCAAGCCUUCACGUCGCAAUGGGUUCCAGUGCCGCGCUGGGUGCACGUAAAUGUAGUCGAGGUUUCCGCGACUCUACUACAGCGCUCAGCUGAACUGCUCAAUGCGCAAUUGGGACCAGAAGGCAUCAAGGCAGUCGGAGGAACGAAUUGGUGGCAGUGGAGACGCGAAGGCACAACCCUCAAGGCCGAGUGGAUCGAGAUGCGCAAGGACUACGACGCGAGGAAACAGCUGGCAAUCACCAAAGGCGACCGCAUAAUGCUCUAUGUUCAUGGCGGCGCCUACUUCUUUGGCAGCGUCGACGAGCAUCGCUAUCAGAUGCAGCGGCAUGCGCGCAAGCUCAAGGCUAGGGUGCUGGCGCCCAAAUACAGACUCGCGCCUCAGUUCCCCUUCCCAUGUGGUCUGCACGACUGUCUGGCCGCCUACCUCUACCUCCUCGAACAGAAGCACGAUCCUACGACGAUUAUACUUGCUGGCGACUCGGCAGGUGGCGGCAUGGUACUCAGCAUGCUCGUGACAAUGCGCGACCAAGGCAUACCAUUGCCCGCAGGAGCCAUCUUGAUCAGUCCAUGGGUGGAUUUGACACACAGCUUCCCCAGUCUGGGAGGUGAUGGCAAGAUGGACUACAUUCCCUCGCACGGCUUUAUCCACAAGCCGAGCAUGAGCUGGCCACCUCCCAACGCGGACGAUAUGCUGGACAUCGAAACAUCCCUUAAUGGCUCGACCAAGAAGAAGAACAGUUCAGACAAGACGGAGGACAAGGCAGCAAAGAAAGAGGCGGAAGCUGAGCGCGUACGAGGCUAUUCUGUCCAAUCUGGAGAUCGGCCACCUCUAGAAGAAGUCGCGGAUCCAUCAGCUACAGGACAAGGCAUGAGUACUUGGAUCUCGUCCAAUGGCAAAUACAGCAUUGGACCCAAGAGCCAGCUAUCAGUUCAGCUCGAAGAUGAACGCGUCGAGAUCAAGGACCAGAUCCAGAUGUACGCCCCGAAUCACCUCUUGACGCAUCCUCUGGUAUCGCCGGUGCUACAGCCAACACUCGGAGGAUUGCCACCUCUACUCAUCCAAACGGGAGGGGGUGAGCUACUCAGAGACGAGCAGAUCUACCUCGCACACAAAGCUGCGCAACCGCUGGCCUACAUACCACCACCUUCCAACAACCAGACCGCUGAGUCCAUACAAGCUCAAGCCGCCAGCUACAGGCCUACGAACGUUCAGCUCCAGGUCUGGGAUGAUCUAUGUCACGUUGCGCCCACGCUCAGCUUCACGCGCCCAGCAAAGCACAUGUACCGUAGUAUAGCCCAGUUCGGUGCUUGGGCCCUUGCACGUGCUCAGAAGAAGUCCAUUGACAUCCUCGACGAUGAUGACAUCUCCUUCAUGAGCAGUGAUUCAGGCACUUCGUCUGAAUCUGACAAGGCCGGCUCCGGCUCUUCGUCAGACGACCCCAAGUCCGCGAACAAGCAUCCCAAGCCCACAAAAGCCGAGAAGAAAGCUGCUCAAGAUGCACGCGUUGGUCGAGCUGGUGACGCGAUUCCUCCCUUCGAGCGCCAUAUGAUCCGCCAGCGCAUCGAUCGCCACGGGCGCAUCUAUGCGCUCGCUCCGAAGGAGGAGCUUGUUGCACUGAACAUCCCUAGCGUUGAUGUGGGCGUGCCAAAGACAGGACCCGUCGGCAAAUGGAUGAAAGCGCAAUCUCAGUGGAACAACAAGUUCUCCAAGCAGAAGAUCAAGAUCCAGAAGCAGCGUAUUAAGGAUAUGCAGAAAGGCUUCGAAGGCUUCGAGGGCGAGACACCCCCACCAACUGCCUUGGCUGGUAGAAGGAUCAAGGGCAUGAAGGCCGAGAAGGCAAAGAAGAGGAGUUGGGGCAUGUCGAUGUGGGCUGGAUGGGGCAGUAAGCAUGACUCGGCUACUAUCGUCCGCGAAGAGAAGGCAGACCAAAACCCCGACACCGAGGCCUCUACCUCCACCCAAGAUCCAGCCAAUACAGCCACCGACGGCACAACAGAAAGCGCGCCAACCCGCAGCCGAGCCAACAACCUCACCGCCCCAGCCGUAAAACGCUCACGCUCCCACUCCCGCCACUCCGCCGUAACCGACAAAGGCCAAACCGGGCUUCCCAUGGACGACCUCUCCAAAAUCGUCCUACCCACCCCGGGCCUCGCCGACGCAACAACCCUCGCCCCAGAACGCUCUGCUUCCCCGCUCCCCUCUCCCGUAAGCGAACUCAGCUCCCCCGGUAUCGGUAUCCCACCCAACAUAAUCGUCUCCGACAACCCCGAGAAUUCCAGCACCAUCAUCCCCGAAACAGAUACUUUGACUACCCGCCCCACGGCUGGCGGUAUCGCGUACCCGUUCAGUCUCAAGGUGGAUGGCCCGGAUGGCAAGGAUGUUAAUGCUAGUACGCUUACGCUUGCGAGUUUGAAUGUUACUACGCCGCCGGCUGUUGAUGGUGAUGCGGAAGAGAAGCAACUUGGUAGUAUGUUUCCAGCUGGGGAGAGUGGUAUGGUGCCGGGGGGUGGGAGUGAGAGUGUGAAUGAGCAGGUGCUGAAAGAGGAGAGGCCGGGGGUGGAAAGGUGGUUUACGGCUGGGGCUGGGGCGGGGCUGUUUAGUGAUGGUGUGGUGGAGGAGAAGGUGGAAGAGGGGGAGAAGGUGGAGAGGCCGGGUGUUGAGAGGUUUGAGACUGCGAAUGAUGGGUUGGGUAUGGGCGUUGCGGGGGAUGGUGGGAGGGCGUGA